GCGGAGACCCCAGGGGCCCCCCGGGGCGCAGAGGACGCGGGCUGGACAAGCCCCCGGCGCCCCGUGGAUGCCCAGUGCCAGGAGCUGACCUUGGCGACGGGGGAGGAGCGCACAGCGGUGGCCACCAGAGGGGGCAGCGGCCACCAACUUGCACAACUUGGCACGGGCUGGGGCGGCUCCUUCUUCUCCAGCGCCGCCGAUCAGCCCAGCCUACAGCCCCUCGGACCCCGCGAGCCCUCCAGCCCGACGUCCCGCGGUCCACGGACACGGGCGCGCCCCCAAACCGGGAUCCCCGCAUGGGCCUGGGUAUGGGAGCACUGGCCCGCGCGCUUCUGCUGCCGCUGCUGGCACAGGGGCUCCUGCGCGCCGCCCCGGCGCCCGGCCCUGCGCCCUUCUUGCUGCCCCUCCAAGUGGCCACCGCCACCAGCAGCCGGGAUGUGCCCACGCAAGAGCCGGGGACCCUCGCCGCACCCCGCGCAGACGGUCUGGCGCUCGCCCUGGAACCCGCGGGGGGCCCGGUCAACUUCUUGGCCAUGGUGGACAAUCUGCAAGGCGACUCGGGGCGCGGCUACUACCUGGAGAUGCAACUAGGGACCCCCCCGCAAAAGCUGCAGAUUCUUGUGGACACUGGCAGCAGCAACUUCGCCGUCGCUGGAGCCCCAGAUUCCUACAUAGAUUCUUACUUUGACAGUGACCGGUCUAGCACCUACCGCUCCAAGGGCUUUGACGUCACGGUCAAGUACACACAGGGCAGCUGGACUGGCGCUGUUGGGGAAGAUGUUGUCAGCAUCCCCAGGGGCCUCAACAACUCCUUCUUGGUCAACGUGGCCACCAUAUUUGAAUCAGACAACUUCUUCCUGCCUGGAAUCAAGUGGAACGGGAUCCUUGGUCUGGCUUAUGCCAGCCUGGCCAAGCCCUCGAGUUCCCUGGAAACCUUCUUCGACUCACUGGUGACCCAGGCAGGGGUCCCCGACAUCUUUUCCAUGCAGAUGUGCGGUGCGGGUCUGCCCGUGACGGGAACCGGUACCAACGGAGGUAGUCUUGUCCUGGGUGGAAUUGAGCCAAGUUUGUACAAAGGAGACAUCUGGUAUACCCCGAUUAAGGAGGAGUGGUAUUACCAGAUAGAAAUCCUAAAGCUGGAAAUCGGAGGCCAGAGUUUGAGCUUGGACUGCAGAGAGUACAACGCAGACAAGGCCAUCGUGGACAGCGGGACCACACUUCUACGCCUGCCCCAUAAAGUAUUCACUGCCGUGGUGGAGGCCGUGGCCCGCACAUCCCUGAUCUCAGAGUUCUCUGAUGGCUUCUGGACGGGGUCCCAACUGGCCUGCUGGACCAAUUCGGAGACCCCCUGGUCCUACUUCCCCAAGAUCUCCAUCUACCUGCGGGCCGAGAACGCCAGCACCUCCUUCCGCAUCACCAUUUUGCCACAGCUCUACAUCCAGCCCGUGACGGUGGCCAGCCUGAACUAUGAGUGCUACCGCUUUGGCAUCUCACCAUCCGCCAAUGCCCUGGUCAUCGGGGCCACCGUGAUGGAAGGUUUCUACGUGGUCUUCGACCGAGCGCGCAAGAGGCUGGGCUUUGCUGCGAGCCCCUGUGCAGAAAUCGCAGGUGUGCCCGUGUCAGAGAUUUCAGGGCCUUUCUCCACCGCUGACGUGGCCAGCAACUGUGUGCCAGCACUGCCCCAGCACGACCUACUCCUCUGGAUCAUCUCCUAUGUGCUGCUGAGCGUGUGCGGGCUCAUUCUCCUCAUCCUCAUCAUCCUGCUGCUACUGCCACGGCCCUGCCGGCACCUCCCCGGGGAUGCCGAGGUAGUCAACGACGAAUCUUCAUUGGUCCGGCAUCGCUGGAAAUGAGGCCAUCUGCCCGGAGCAGGCCUGACUUGCUCCCUGAACUCCGAGUCUUACUUGACUCUCAGCCCCUUGCUCGGAGGUCUGCAGACAGAGUCACUGUUACUUGAUGGAUUUUUUUUUAACACUUCCUUCUUCUCCCUUCCUUCCAAGAAAUAAAACAAACACAACAAAACCCUCAUUCUCAGAGGGGAAAAAAUGAAA